AUGAAUGAAAUUCUUCUUGUACAAGCUCACAAUGCUAAACAUCCACCGGCAUUUUUUAUUCAAUUUGCACCUUAUAAUACUACACAAAAUUCAUCACAAUGUUUUCUCAACUAUCCUGAUAUUUUAGAUGCUUAUAUUUAUUGUGUUGCUGUCGGCAAGAAACCGAAUCUAAAUCAUAAACAAUUUUUCUUUGCUGGUGAACUGAUCAACAAUCGUAAUGGAAUAUUUGUUGGCGUAGCAAAAUAUAAUCAGACAAAUGCCAUAUCAAAUUCGUCGAAUUCUUGUGCUUUGAGUUUCUCUUAUUCUCUACACUAUCUAAUCAAUUAUGAACAUCAAGAACAUUAUAUCUUUGGUAUUGAACCACAAGAUCGUUUUGCUUAUGGGUUUUCAAAUCAGUUUCUUUUUGUAUUUGAUUCUGUGAAUGACUCAACUUUGGAAUCAUGGAAUGGUAAUUUAACAUGGCCGAAUAGCUCUUUUAUGCCUUAUGCUGUUGAUAUCAGUGACAAUUUCGGUGUUAUUGCAGGUUUUAUUCAAAAUGAUCCACAAGAAAGAGUCAAAUACAGUCCGAUCAUUUAUCUGCUUAAUUUUAAUUCGUCUAAUCAUCAUCCAAUUGUUGUUGAUCAAUAUAUACCAAUAGCUACUCUCGAUACUUGGCAAGAUUUAUUGACUUAUUCCGAUGCGAAUGUCUAUUCAGCAAAGUAUGAUAUGUCAAUUAGUAUUAAUAAUCGUGGUGAUGUUUUAGUUGGUAUGCAGUUUAUCAAUCGAGUUUUCUUAUUUUCAGUAAAUAUUUCCAAUCCAAUACAAUUGAUUUAUAUAAAUAGGAAUACUAAUGGUCGAUCCUUAGGUAAUGGAAAAAGUCUAGCCUGGUUAGAUAAUGGGAAUAUAGCUGCUAUACUUGUGAAUACCUAUUCACUCAAUUAUCAAUGGUUGUCAUCUCAAAUCUAUUUCUACGACAUGAAAUCGAAUAUUUAUAAUUCUAACAGUGUUCCCAUAUCAAUUUUUCCUAAUUAUCAUCAAUUGUUGCCAUCAAGUUUUAGUCCUGUAUUUUUAAAUAUCGUUUCAUCGCCAAUGUCACUAACUUUAAUGGAUGAUAAGGGUAAUUUGUUAAUAUUCACUCCUACACCACCAGGUUUCUAUCCAUCAAUACUAGAAACGAGAUCGAUGCCAUUUAUCACAUCACCACAGCCUUGUCCGCCGGGUAUGCACAAGGAUCAUGUAGGCAUUAAUGAUUGUAUCCUCUGUCCAACUGGCACAAAAAAUUCUGGUAAUGCCACUACUCACUGUACUCCAUGUGCAUCAGAUACAUUUUGUCCACUUGGUUCAGUGAGUGAAACACCUUCAUCUGCAUUGGAAAACAUCGUACAAUUAAUUGCCUACCCCAAAUCACCUGAAUCUACGAUAUUUGAUGAUGUUUUACUACAAAAUAUGUUUCAUAUCGGAACUGGUCAUUGUCUUUUGAUAUCACCCUUAUUUUGGACAUUGAUCGUAGGUGGUUUAGCUAUUCUGAUCGUUAUAUUAAUGAAGGUACUGAAAUAUUGUAUCGAUCACACGACAUAUGUGCGAAUAAAAAAUCGAACUCAUUAUAUAUUUAAAAAAACAGAUCUGAUUGGCGAAGGUGAACUAUGGGUAGGCGGUUUAGCAUCAUUUUCUGUGGUUGUUCUCGUUUGCUUUGCCUAUGCAUUUAGCAAUGCCUAUUACAAACAAUAUCCUAUUGAAACAUCAACUGAUGCCUAUUUUGCCUGUGAUCUAUCGACUCGUAAUGCUAAAUUCCAAAGUAGUCUUCAAACAUUAGGUAUACCACCAUCGAAAACUGAAAAAAAGAUGUUCGAUUUGUUAAAUGAACAAAAAUUUUCGCUAAAUAUCGAGUUCAUUAAUACAUUGAUUAAUUGUGAUGUCAUAUCUAUUCAAGCUCUAUAUGGAACAAUUUGGUCGACAAUUCGAUGGUCUAAUUGUCAAAAUAACAAUUCGAUUCUAUAUCUAUCUAUUCCACUUCCCUUUCAACAUAUAUCUGUACAAAUCACCUUAGACCAAAUUCAAACAAUUGGAGCUUUACGUAUCGGUCUAAGUGGUGAUAAACAUGAAGAAGAAUUAUAUAAAUUGAAAGAAUUAAAUUUUUAUGGAUCUUUUUCCAAAAAUGGAUCUGUUCUAGCACAAACAUUACCAAUUUCUCUUGUGUUAACAAAAGUAAUCAAUGAAACAAUCCCGAUCGAAGGUGAAGAAUCCGAUUUUACUGGCAUCUAUAUUUCAACGUUUGCGAUUGAUUCAAAGAGUUUAUUUCUUACACAAGAACAAUAUAUUCAUUCAACAUCACAAUCAAUUCUAUUGACUAUUGUAUUGAGUGAAACAGCUUACUAUGUCAAAAAUCAACAAUAUCCAAUUGCCAAACGAGCAGAGAUUAUAUUUCAUAAUCUUCUAUUCACUACAGUUUGUCUGGAAAUAUUUGGUCUUGUAUUCCUAUUGUAUAAAUUAACUCUACAACCAAUUUAUCGUUUAUUCCAUCGGACAGGAAUUCGUGAUGAUGAGAAACAUAAAAUCAAUGGCAAAAGCAUGAAUGGUGACUCCAAUACCCUUGAACAAUCUGUCUAA